GCAACGUUCAUGCCCUCGAACACCACACAGCCAAGAACUACAGUUACAACACCAUGGUCAAUCUGUCCCAACUGGGUUACCUCGCGGCUGUUAUCCCCUUUUACGUGCUGAUUUGGGUGCCUUUGCAGAACCUGAUCUUCGGUACAGGUACGCCACGGCCUUCGGACCCUUCAGCUGCCAUUCUCAACAGCACUUUCAUCGCUUCGGAUGAUCCGAUAGAAUGUGCUCCUCAUGCUUACCAAACAUUCACUCUGUCGCAUGAACCUUUGAUCAUUUAUGUGGAAGAUUUCCUGAGUGAGCUAGAAUCAAAGCAUCUUGUUAAGAUCAGGUAAAGCUUUCUCUCUUUUUUUCCUGCCUUUCUCAUGUCGAGUUAAAGGAUAAUGCUUGGUCGGGAAGCUUCUUGUCCAUGACUAGAUCUUCCAAACAUACAGAGUAGAUACAGUACACGUGGAAGUUCUGGAAAAGGGCCCUGUUGAAGCUUAUUUUUAUCAGUGGAUUCCAGGAUCUUCUUUCCGGAGUCAUCUCCAGGUUCUCCAGAUUCUGGUCGUUGAAUUCCGGGCUCUUGGGACUGUUGUGGAUCUGACCAAGACUACCAAGAGAUCUAGAGGCAAAGUCAAAAGUCCUGAAGAAGUCCAGCUCCGAGAUUGAAGGACUCAUGCCUGUUUAAAUUUGGGCAUCGUGCUAAACGGAACUAGUCUCAUUGUCCAUGACUCCAAAAGUGCACUGGCUAACCAAGACAAUCAAUCCAGCGAAGACAAUUAUGCACCCUCAACGGUCUCUACGGGUGCAGAAACUGCAGUACAGAAAGACAUUCGAUUUAGCGAAGUUGCUUUGAUCGAACGAGAUGACACUGUUCGUUGCAUCGAACAUCGGGCUCGUGCUUUUCAAGGCUGGCGACCAGAUUUGCACAUCGAACGGCUUAGAACGCAACGCUAUGGUGUAGGUGGUCAUUACAAGAACCACUACGAUUGGAGUGGUGCUAGUCGAGCUGCAGAUCGAAUCAGCACGUUUAUGGUUUACGUGGACGCAAAUUGUACUGGUGGAGGCACCAACUUUCCACGAAUUGCCAUGCCAAGUUUAGAAAAGGGAAGGUGGUGUGAUUUUCUCGAAUGCAAAGAAGGAGACUCAGAUCGGGGAGUUACUUUCAAACCUAUUAAAAGGAAUGCCAUCUUCUGGUUAAAUUUGGCUCCUGAUGGGAGAGGAUAUGAGGAAACAUUGCAUGCUGGUCUACCGAUAUUAACAGGAAUGAAGGUUGGGCUGAAUAUUUGGAGCUGGGGACCUGCAAGGAGGACUUGA